UGACACGAACUAUAACAUGCAUGAUUUUGUCACACCAAUAAUAAAACGUAUCAAAUGACAUUAUUACCCUUCAAAGCGUCCUAGCCGUUAUCCAAUUAACCCAUACGUCAUUUCAAAACCCAAAAAGGACAUUUCCGUAACUCCCUACACACCUUCUUCUUCACACUCUCUCUGAAUUCCAAACUCUCACACACUGACUGAACUGAAUAACGGAAUUAUCUCAUUUUCUCUCUCUAGCUCUCGGGUUAAGGUUUAGAUUCUCUGAUGGCUUCGUCUUCCUCCGAUCCAGGCAAGUCUGCGGAGACAUCAGAAGCAGUGGCGGCGGCGAAUGAUCAGCUUUUACUGUACAGAGGAUUGAAGAAAGCGAAGAAAGAGAGAGGUUGUACUGCUAAAGAACGAAUCAGUAAAAUGCCUCCGUGUGCUGCCGGUAAACGCAGCUCCAUCUACCGCGGUGUUACCAGGCAUAGAUGGACUGGUCGUUAUGAAGCACAUCUAUGGGAUAAAAGUACAUGGAAUCAAAAUCAGAAUAAGAAAGGAAAACAAGUAUACUUGGGGGCGUAUGAUGACGAGGAAGCAGCGGCUAGAGCGUAUGACCUUGCUGCUCUGAAAUAUUGGGGUCCUGGGACUCUCAUUAACUUCCCAGUGACUGAUUAUACAAGAGAUCUCGAAGAAAUGCAGAAUGUUUCGAGAGAAGAAUACCUUGCGUCUUUGCGGAGGAAGAGCAGUGGUUUUUCAAGAGGGCUAUCAAAAUAUCGUGGACUCUCCAGUCGAUGGGGGCCAUCAUAUGGUCGAAUGGCUGGAUCUGAUUACUUCAGUAGUAUACAUCAUGGAGAUAAUUCAGCUGCGGAAAGUGAAUAUGUUAGUGGUUUCUGCGUAGAAAGAAAGAUUGAUUUAACAAAUCACAUCAAAUGGUGGGGAUCUAAUAAGAAUCGACACCCUGAUGCUGGAACGAGAUUAUCAGAAGAAAAGAAACAUGGUUUUGCUGGAGAUAUUUACUGUGAACUUAAAACAUUGGAACAGAAAGUCCAACCGACAGAACCAUACAAGAUGCCGGAGUUAGGACCGCUGCACAAUGAGAAAAAACAUAAAAGUUCUUCAAUCUCUGCUUUAAGUAUUUUGUCAGAGUCUGCUGCUUACAAGAGCAUGCAAGAGAAAGCUGCAAAAAGACAAGAAAAUAGCACCGAUAAUGACGAGAAUGAAAACAAAAAUAUAGUCAAUGAGUUGGAUCGUGGGAAGGCAGUAGAGAAACCCUCAAAUCAUGAUGGCAGCAAUAAUCGACUUGACAUUGCAAUGGGAAUGAGUGGGGCGUUGUCUCUUCAAAGAAAUGUUUACCCAUUGACAUCAUUCUUGUCUGCGCCACUUUUGACAUCCUACAACACUGUUGAUCCAAUGGUAGAUCCUGCUCUCUGGACAUCUCUCAUUCCCAUGCUUCCUGCUGGACUUUCUCGUACAUCUGAGGUUACAAAGACAGAGCCCGAUUCAACCUACAAUAUGUUUCAGCCACAGGAGUGAUUGGACAUCCGAAUUUCUAAUUGAAGAAAGCCAAGAGCCUGAAAGCUGAGCUUUGUACCAAACAAACAACAGUGUAAAGUUCUAAACUCUCCCCCUUGGCUUUUUGCAAUAUCACAUGGGUUGCUGAGGAGGAAGAAAUGGAAGUACCAUAGUUUUACAUUGUGAGAUAGAUAUAUAGUAAUAGAAUUAUAGCACAAAUAUUUACAUUUCAAGUCAGAUAUGUAUCAGUUGAUAUCUCUAUCAUGUAUAUGCAGUCAGCGUUAAACAAAUUUUGAUUUUCUGCGGAAUAUUCUGUACAGAAUAAGAGGUGGAAUGAAAUUAUGCAAGAACAAGGUCGUCAAUUGACUUGCAUAGAUUUUUUUUCCUUUCUUUUUUUAGGCGUUAA